AUGCCCCCAGCUGACUGAAUCGAGCCACGGCUGGAUGACAGCUUGUUUUCUGAAACAGUUUUUUAAACUUGAAAAGUUUGUUUGGAUGUCAGUACCCUGAAUCUCAAAAUAAAGGGGAUUUUUUACUUUUGACAUACUGCACCAAGAAUCUUUUCAUUUCUUCCCCCUACUAUACCCUCAUAUAAUACUUCCUGUGCUGGGAGUGAUGUCCAUCUGUCGGGAGUAAUCCUGUCUGUGGUACGACCGCAUGCACUUGUUCCAGACGUCUUUUGGUGGAGGAGGAUCAGAUCAGAUUGGAGGAGAAACGAUCGGUUGCUGUGGAGUCCUGUGGAGACUUGCUGAGCCUUUAUCAUCUCUGUGAUAGGGAUCCAUCAGAUCUGGUUGAGGUGAAAAUGGCUGUCUACCAGUUGAUCUGCAUCUUUGUUCUUCCUGCUUGUUUUUCAGCAGCUCCAUCUCAUACUAUUAUGAAGAUGGAAACCUUCACUGAUCUCCUACAGGAGCUGGAGUCCCGUUUCCCAGAAUGGCCUGCUAAGGAUGUUGCUGAUCUCCUGCUGUCUUCUAAUACUAAGCAAUUCCAGCCCCAUCAAUAUUUGUCUGAUAGACAAGCUGCUCUUGCCCAAGUUUUGCUGUCGAAAAAGCUGAUAAGUUUAGAGGGCAUGCCUUGGCAGGAACAAGGGGUUGUUUUGGCUCCUGAUGGUAGCACAGUGGCUUUAAGGUCUCUUGUUGACACAGUGGUCUGCGGUUGGAAAGCUAACUGUGAUGUAAAAAAAUUGAAAAAUCACAAAAGGGAUGUGGAACCCAGCAAAGAUACAAGACCAAGCCAAGAGCCACACAGCCAUACCACAUGUCGCAUUUCACUGCCAAGUGUGCUAGGAUUACAUUUUGCCAGUUUAAAAGAUUCGUUGCAGGUUCCAUUAUAUGUUCCUGAUGGGUGCUGGGAUUCUACCACCGACCCAAAAACCUUCCAGCUACAUGGAGCUCCUUCUAUAACUGAUCUCACACUCGCCAACAUCAAUGGUGUAUUGGAUGGUGCCCUACUGAGGGAAAUGAUGAUCAUGAAUGAAACCCAGAAGAUGAGUGAUCUACUUCAUUCUUACUAUGGGGGAAUUCCAGCUAGGAGCCCCUACAGGAGGCAGAAUUUCCAGGCUCUGCUGGAGGAGGGCGAAUUUGGAGAUGAGAUGGGGAAAGCAAUUGAAUGUUACAGGAAACAAUAUCAAGGUUCUGGCCUUCCUAUUAUGACAGACGAAGAACUGAAAGAAACCACAGCUGCAGCAGCAAAGCAGUUUGAGCAGCAAUAUUUGGAUUGUCCUGCAGUUAUACCUCGCUGUCAGUGGGGGGCUAAGCCAUAUAAAGGGACCCCGACCCUGCUACAGCUUCCUCUGCAGCACAUCUACAUCCAUCACACCUACGAGCCAUCCAGGCCAUGCUUAUCCUUCAAAGACUGUAGCGCAGAUAUGCGCAGUAUGCAGAGGUUCCACCAGGAGGACCGUGGAUGGGAUGACAUUGGCUACAGCUUUGUGGUAGGAUCUGAUGGAUAUCUUUAUGAAGGACGAGGAUGGCUCUGGGUGGGAGCUCACACAUUGGGCCACAACUCUAUUGGAUAUGGUGUGAGCUUUAUCGGCAAUUUCAUGGCUUCAGUCCCUGAGGGUCCCAUCCUGAGCCUGGUGAGAGAUCGAUUCUUGAGCUGUGCAGUGACGUCUGAGUAUAUCACCUCCAACUACACUGUUCAAGGCCACCGACAAGUAGUAAGGACAUCCUGUCCAGGAGAUGCCCUCUUUCAGAAAAUUUCUGCUUGGAAGAACUUUAAGGAAUCCUGACAAUGAUCUAUUCUCAGCUUUCAACCUGAAUCUAACGCAUCAUAUGCUGCAUUUAAUAAAAUUUUCAUGAUAA